AUGUCGCAGUCGUUGUUACUAUUUAUAUUCAAUAUUUGUUUUUUAUUGAUUUUUAUUGAUCGAACAGUUUCAAUCCGUGACAGUCCUAUUAUUCAAUUAUCUGUUUAUCCAAGUUAUGGUUUUUUACCUGAAAAUGUUGAAAUUCGUUGUCAAAUAAUUGACCCAUCAGUAUAUGAUAAUAUUUAUUUAUCAGUUAAAACAGAUUAUAUUAAACCAUCAGGUAUAAUUCUUAUGGUUGAUAAUACUAUCAAUCGAUGUCGAACAAAUAAAAAAGAAUAUAUAAAUGUUAAUAUUUGUAAUUCAUUAUUGAUACAUAUUUAUAUAAAUCAUACAAUUCUUAAUGAUACUCUUGAAAAAAUAGAUUACGAAUGUAGUCAAGGUGGAGUCAAUGCGAUAAGUUCAUAUCAAAUAUUAAAAGAUCCAACAGCACGUUAUUAUGAUUUGAACUUUAAAAAUUCAUCAUCUAUAUUGAUACACACACUUUUUCUAUUACUAUUUGCUCUCCUAUUUGCAAGAAUAACGACAAUAGAAGAACUACGAUGA